AAGUGACAAUUCCAACUGUCUGGAAACACUUCAAAAAACUACGAGGUCUCCCGAUCGAAUCCGUCGAGGUUACCCUUUAGAGUGGUUUUCAUCCAAGGAACGAUAUUCGGAGGGAAUGUUUGGGAUUGCUAACUCCUGAAAUAUCGAGCAGUAAAGAAACUAUUGAUUGGCCUCAGUCAUGGCGCUAUUCCGUCACUGCAUUAGAAAAAUCUCGCCAAAAGUCUUGCCACCAUCAAGCUUCAUGAAUGCUGCCAGAUCCAAGCUGCGUAUGCAAUUUUAUAGCUCAGGAAACGCAGGAUCUGAGUCCUCGCUUCCUAGCCGCCAAGCUCUUAAGCUAAUCUUUGGGGCCGCUGGGCUAGGGUUAGGUGUAGCAGCCACUUCUUCCUCUGCGCUAGCAAAUACCCAUGAGGAUGACAAAAGUAAAAAUUUGCCGGAUUCCAAGCCUGCUUCUAGUCAAAAUUUACUGGCUUCGGCCAAAGCGAGCGGUCCUGUGGUAACAAAGAGCGGGAAAACCCUAAACAAGCUAAAAGUCUUUGUAGGCUACGAUCCGCGUGAGGAUGCAGCUUACGAAGUAUGCCGCUAUUCAAUCCUGAAGCACGCAACUAUUCCUGUUGAAGUUAUUCCCAUCAAACAGCCAGAUUUGCGCAAUGCAGGGCUUUACUGGCGAAGCCGUGGCUUGACAGAAAGCACAGAGUUUUCUUUUACUCGUUUUUUGACUCCUUUCUUGGCCGGAUUCGAUGGCUGGGCUGUUUUUGUGGACUGUGACUUUCUUUACACUGCAGAUAUAAGGGAAUUGGCCGAGCUUAUAGAUGAUAAGUAUGCAAUUAUGUGUGUUCAGCAUGAUUAUACCCCAAAGAGCACCACAAAGAUGGAUGGAGCUGUGCAGACGGUUUACCCUCGGAAGAAUUGGUCAUCCAUGGUUUUGUAUAAUUGCUCGCACCCAAAGAACAGGGUUUUGACACCUGAUGUUGUGAAUUCUCAGUCUGGUGCAUUUUUGCACAGGUUCAUGUGGCUGGAUGAUACUGACAUUGGCUCCAUUCCCUUUGUGUGGAAUUUUUUGGUUGGACAUAAUAAGGUUGAUGAGGAGAAUGGUUUUCCUAAGGCAAUUCAUUAUACGUCAGGGGGUCCCUGGUUCGAGGCAUGGAAGGACUGUGAGUUUGCUGAUCUCUGGGUUAAGGAGAGGGAUGAGUAUGUUCGGUCCCAGAGGAUUCAGAGGGUUGUUCAGGACGAGCUGGUUAGUCUAUUGGAAGAUAGGAUGGUAGAGAGAUCGCAGGGAAUUGAGAAGAGGGUUGUGGAUCUGGAAGGGAGGCUUAAGGAAGUCAAUAUUUAAAGGAAAAGGUUCUUGCUAAGGCCAGUGCAGAGGGGGUGAAGGUUAAAGAGCUUUCACUUGAGUCUCUGUAGAUUGAAAGUAUGUCUAUACCAGAUUUAUCAAUUCAUUGAUCGUUCAGUUUGGAGAAGUUGCAGAUUCAUUAUUUCAAUUAUUUUCUUUCAAGAAUUCUUUAAUUGUGUCAUGAUGUAAGCUAAUCAAUCAACGACCACAGAUAUCCGAUUUUUGCUAUUUGAACCGUGCAGUUCGCCAAUGAAGUUCAUUGAAUUUCUUUCUGUGUCCAUUCAGGAACACUAAUUCAUUGGCUCUUUCAUGGCAGAAUUGGUUAGCCAACAAUGGGUAUUGCCAAGGUCCAAUGUUAUCAUCCUGCUACAGGAUUUUGGUAUGGCAGUGUAUUGGCUACAACAUUUUCAGGUAGAAUGGGGCUAUAUUAUCCUGAUCUGCUAUAGAUAUUGUAGUAGCAGUUGAUGGUAAGGUUUUGUAUGUAGUUACCUAUAGUGUAGUCUGUAUGACCACAUUAUUUUGAAUCUAUGCAUCAUAUUCAGGUAUCAGUACUGAAAUUAUGCUUCUAGAAGUAAAUAUAGAAUGGAAUAUUUUGUUUA